AUGUUCCGAACCAUCAUUGAUGAUAAAUCCACGGGUAAGGAGGCGAGCGUGUCUCAGCUGCACCAGCGCCAAGGUCAAGUGCACUUCUGCUUCGUUGGACGCAGAAUCAUGCGGAAGAUAUCUGUCAAGAGACUUGAGGAGAAGCUGGAGCUGUUGUCCACACAAGUAGCUACUUUGACACAACAUGUCCACUCAACCUCAUUUCAAGGACCCCGAAGUAAUCACUCUACCCUUGAGAAUCUUCAUUCCAGCCUUUCGUCCUCACGCGACCGGAUAAGCGGAGGUCACUUUGCGUCUUCCGGGUCCCUGCCCGGGUCUAGAGACGUUCAUAAUGAUAGCUUGACCAAUGUUGGUCUACGCGAUCUUGGAGGCCUAGCAUCUGUGGAUCGUCAACUUGAGACUUUCCGACGAGCUUUCGUCAACUAUUUCCCAUUUGUGGUUGUGCCUCCCAAAGUCAGCGUGGAAGCUCUUCGAAACGAUAAUCCAUUCCUUUUCUUGUGUAUUAUCGCUGUUACUUCUUUUGAUGAUCCCAUACUACAGCGCAGACUAGGACAGGAGAUCAAGAAGCAGAUUUGCGAUCGCUUAGUGAUGGGUCAUGAAGCUAGUAUGGAUCUUUUACAAGGUCUUUUGGUCUUCGUAGCUUGGUAUCAUUACUUCUGUGUGCCUGGGAAGCAUCAAUACUUCCUCAUGUUACAGCUCUGUGUUAACAUGUGCCAUGAGUUGAGACUGGACUUGAAUGAGAAGGGAAAGAGAGGUCUAGAGACAGCCCAAACUCAGGGGAGAGCACGAACUCCGGCAGAGAUGAGAGCUCUUCUUGGUACAUAUUGUUUAUCAUCUACUUUAUCAAUGGUGCUGAGAAAACGAACGAUUAUGCACUACACAUCGUAUAUGGACGAUUGUUGCACAUCUCUCACACAAGGGAGUGAUGUUCCUAGCGAUCAGUUGAUCGUGCCAUUUGUGAAAAUCCAGGUUCUUCAAAGGAAGAUAAGUGACACUUUCUGCUACCACGAUACAUCUACCUGCGACAUAAGAGGCGAGCGCGCACUCCAGAUCACCGUUGAUUCUUUCUCUCGUGAAUUCGAUGGACUAAAGAAGGGCAUUGGCUCAACAAAUAGAAAUGCUAUUCUGGUGCAACACCUUCACUUCCUGGAAGUCUGGAUUUAUGAAUUCGCCCUCUAUAAUGAGCUUUGGCAAAGCAAUUUCGUGCCUGCUCGACUCACUCGACCAGAGACUAACCUCUCAAUUCAGUCCUCAAUGCAGCGGACUAAGAUGCUGCGGCAGCUCGUCGCAGCAACUGUCUCAUUCCAAGAUUGGUGUCUGUCAGUUGAUAAUGCCGACCUACUUCAUUUUCCGUUCUCUUGGUGGGCAGAACUCUCUUACGUCUUGAUUGUUCAAGUCAAGACUGUUUUCCUCGACUCUGAGACUGGUAUCACAGGACAAGAACAGAUAAAUUUACGGCAAUAUGACCAAGCAGAAUCGCUAGAAGCUGACUUCAGAAGAGCUGCUGAAAAGGAAGUCAUGAUACCUCAUAUGCUGGAUAUGUAUAUGGGGAAACUGGCUACGUUGACCACGCAGGUUGUUGAUGAUGAAGGCUAUAGGGACAUGGUAUAUAAUUAUGGAACUGUGCUCAAAAGCAUACAAUCUGGGUAUGAAAGCCGAAUUGGGGCUGAGAAUAGGCCUGCUCUGGGGCAAUUUGAAAUACAGCAAGAACAGUCAUCCCUUUCACAGCUAUCGUAUCCGGAAGUUAGGAGUACGGACAUGCAAGGAUCGAUGCCGCCAGCAGUUAGCACAAAUCAUAUGGAGCUAGAAAUAGGCGACCCGGACAGUUCUUCUACAAGCCAACUGAACUUGCAAUUUGGUUUAGCCCAACCUGGAUUUGACGACUUCGUAUGGGACACGAUGAUGAAUGAUUUCUCAUUCUUCACGCCCCAAAAUGGUCCAUCUGUUUGAUGUCUCACCGAGGUUGACUCACACAAGCUUGGAAUUAUCAUCAAAACUGUAUCGAUACACUGCUUUCGAGCCACUCGAGGGUUAACACCUGCAAACUCUCAUACAUGCGGCACUCCACAGUCAUGUGAGGUUGGGGGAUGCGAAGGAGCCAUCAGCGGUGGAGUAGCGACUUGCUAAGUGUGGUCAGCCAAAGGGAUAUUGAAAAUGAUUGUAUUGCAGGACUUAUGAGCGAAUGGAAUUCUUUACACAUGUUGGACUGAUAGCCGUCCGAUACCUGUAGACUGAAACUUAACUAAAACUUGUUUUAAUAGUAUUAUUUCCUAAUAUAUGAUAAACUAUGAAAUAAUGUUGUUGCUCCAAUGUGUUCAAAACGUGUAUAGUGACAGAAUGGUGCCGAGUCAAGUUUACGCAACGAACCACGUAUUGAGAAAAUGCCCCAAUAUUCCGUUUCGGGUUGCUUACUUUUCCUUUAUUCCGACUAACCUAUCAAUCGUGCCAUUUGAGAUGCGCACCGUCCUCGGCUGCUUUCACACCACAAUAUCUGGG